GGAAUGCCGGAAGCAGCGAGGCCUUUCUCAAAUAGUGUGGAGACUGAGGUUCCACAAAGCACGAGUAUUUGAAGUUCCAUCCGUUUGGAACUUAUGGGAAAUUACGUUUGAGAAUUUGACAUAUAUUGGGGAUUUCUUAGAGCCGCUCUUUCACUCUUAAUUUGAGAUCAGGACUCAGGUAGCCCAGUUGGCCUCAAAUCCCUGAUCCUCCUGUCUCCACUUCCCAGUGAUGGGAUACAAGCGUAUGCCACUGGGCCUGGGCAAAUUUUCUUUUUCAAGAUGGGUCACAGUAUGUAGAUUAGUCUGGCCUCAAACUUCCGGCUCUCCUGCUUGUGUCUCCUGAGUACUGAGAUUACAGCCCUUUGUCAUAGAAAUCUUUAUAGAAUUUUUCAUAUGGGGAAAGCAAUGCAUAUUUGUUUUUUAUACUUCUUCCCAUGGUGAUCUUGACUGCCUGUUUCUGCCAAAUUAACCAAAUUUACAAGACUGCUUACACCAUCUCCAGGAAACCUGCCGUCACAUGGUACUAAAGAGCGAUGAAGCGAGUGUGUUGGUUGGUGAGACAGGACUGCCGGCACCAGCGAAUCAAACUUCCCCAUUUGGAAGCAGUUAUGAUUGGUCGAAGUCCAGAGACCAAGAUCACAGAUAAGAAAUGUUCCCGACAACAAGUACAGUUGAAAGCAGAGUGUAACAAAGGCUAUGUCAAAGUAAAGCAGGUGGGGGUCAAUCCCACCAGCAUUGACUCAGUCGUCAUUGGGAAGGACCAAGAGAUGAAGCUGCAGCCUGGCCAGGUUCUCCACAUGGUGAAUGAACUGUAUCCAUACAUUGUAGAGUUUGAGGAAGUAGCAAAGAGUCCUGACCUAGAAACACAAAGGAAGAGAAAGAGGUCAGACUAUGAUGGUGAGGAGAUGGAUACUGCUCAGGAAGCUGAGUCUGGGACAGGGCUAGCCCCUGGGGGCAGCCCCAGCCAGUGCUGUGUGCCUUCUAAGAAGAGCAAGGAUGGAGUCACCAAAGAGGAAUCACUGGGCCACUGGAGUCAAGGCUUGAAGAUUUCUAUGAAAGACCCCAAAAUGCAGGUUUACAAAGAUGAUGUGGUGGUAGUGAUUAAGGAUAAGUACCCCAAGGCCCGUCACCAUUGGCUGGUCUUACCCUGGGCCUCCAUUUCCAGUCUGAAGGCUGUGACCAGUGAACACCUUGAACUUCUCAAACAUAUGCACACUGUAGGGGAAAAGGUGAUUGCAGAUUUCGCUGGAUCCAGCAAACUGAGCUUCCGGCUGGGUUACCAUGCCAUUCCCAGCAUGAGCCAUGUACACCUUCAUGUGAUCAGCCAGGAUUUUGAUUCUCCUUGCCUUAAAAACAAAAAACAUUGGAAUUCUUUCAAUACAGAAUACUUUCUGGAAUCACAAGCUGUGAUCAAGAUGGUUCAAGAAGUUGGUAGAGUGACUGUUCAAGAAGGGACUUCUGAACUCUUGAAGCUGCCUCUUCGUUGCCACAAGUGUCAGCAGUUGCUGCCUUCCAUCCCGCAGCUGAAAGAGCACCUCAGGAAGCACUGGGGCGGGUGACACUCUCCCCGGAGACGGAGUGCAGUGCCAGGGCUGUCUGCAUUGUCUGUGCCCCACGCAGUCCUGAACUAAAACAUGCAGCUUUUCAAAGCAAA